UGGAUGAAUGGGUCGGCGUACUACGUGUGGUGUGCGUGGGCGGCGAGGAAUGUAAAGGGCAGCGUGCGAGGUCAGCCGUCCGGUCACUUGACGCUUGGACAUGGCAGCCACCCAGAGCCGAGCGCCGUCUCGUCUCCUCUGCAACCGCCCACGACGCACCCACCACACCAGGAUGAUCGAUCCUCUAUAAAGACCCCACCCCACGCCUCCUCACAACUCCUCCCUCUUCCACCUCGGCACCUCCGAUACAAUCCAAUCGAUCCGGCAAGACAAAACAAUGGCCAAGGUGCACCCCAACGCCGCCGACCCAGAGCGUCGGCCGCCCCAGGAUGAUCAGGAGGAGCCGCCCACGGUUCUCACCGUGUGGCGCAAGUCCCUCCUCUUCAACUGCCACGGCUUCACCGUCUUCGACGCCAGGGGCGACCUCGCCUUCCGCGUCGACUGCUACGCCGCCUCCCGCCGCCGCGCCGAGGUCGUCCUCAUGGACGUCGCGGGCAAGCCGCUCCUCACCGUCCGCCGCAAGAGGCUCAGCCUGACAGAACACUGGGUCAUCUACGACGGCGACGCCGCCGCGGAGCCCGCGAAAUCCAGGCCGCUCCUCUCCGUCCGCCGCCACGUCAGCCUCCGCGCCUCCAAUAAGGCGGUGGCGCACGUCACGCCCCACACCUCUGCCGCUGCUGCCUCCACCGCGGAGUACGUGGUGGAGGGCUCGUACGGGCGGCGGGCCUGCGCCGUGCGCGACGCGCGCGGGGACGCGGUGGCCGAGGUGCGCCGGAAGGAGUCCGUGGGCGACGACGUGUUCCGGCUGGUGGCGGACCCGCGCCUGGGCGCGCCGCUCGCCAUGGGGCUCGUCAUCGCCCUCGACGAGAUGUUCGGCGCCGGCCGUGGGUCGGCGCGCUCCCUGCUGCGAAGGACAUGGUCGGUGUAGCAGCCACGCGGCUGCCCAAGGACAACCACAUGUACAGUACAGAUCUCUCUAGGCUCUACAGGGUAUUAGGAGCACACAAAGAUCCCGGAGGCCCCGGGUGUGAGCGGCAGCCGAGUUUUAGCAAGCAGGCUCCGCCUCGGCCCUGCGCUCAGCAACAAUACAGCGUCCGAUGCUCAUCUGACAGAGAGCAACCAGCCGCGCAGGCGCAGCUAGCUAGUUUUGUCUGUUGUACAGUACGAACACACCAUCUCCUUAAAAAAUUCUCCUUUUUUCGUUUUCAUAGUGUUCUUCCUCCAGGAUUAAUGUUUUGAGCUUCAGUUUGCUGAUUGAACUUCUAAAUUCAGAGUUGA